AUGUCAAGUCUUCGAGAGCUCAAGCCUGAUGAGUUUGGAGAUCGUGAUAUGCUCAGUAAAGUAGUCCGUGCACGAUCUAGCUCACUUGUUGAGAGGCAAAGAGAUGCGGAUGCUCCUUUUCGAAAUUCGAGUCUCAAGCAUGGAGUUGAUUCGACGUCGCAAAUUCCUUUGGAAGUGAGGUUGGCGGAGGCUAGGAAAGCAAGAGAGUCAUCUGCCGGACAAAAGACGCAAUUUCUAUCAAGUCCAUCCUCUUGUGCUGAGCUGGUUGACCAAAUCCGUCAGGCUGGCGAUCUUGGUACUUUUUCAAGUCUUUCCUUGGAAAAGCAAAAGGAAGCGACACUUCAUCUGCUUCAAAAGGGAAUAGUUUUUGCUGCUGAGACCAUUCGGAACUCGUCUGCUGUUGCCCCAUCUUCUGUUCAGCUCAGCGAGUUGGAGAAGAAGAAUGCCGAGUUAGUUAGCAAACUUUCCGCCGAGCAGACCCGUUAUGAGAAGAAGACGUCUGAUUUGCGGGCGAUGAUAUCUGAGUUGAAGAGCUCCCUUGCUGAGAAGGAUUCCGAGCUUAACUCUUCUGCUGCUGACUUGGCAAGUCGAAAAGAUGCUUAUUUCCACCUUGAGCGCAAGAAUGCCGACAUCUCUCAUAGCUAUGACAAGCUUUUAGCUAGACUUCACGCCUACCAUGAGUCUGCUGAGGAAUCCAAGUCCGAAGUUGCCAUGGACGCGUACAAGUUGGGCUACCUGGACUGCACAAGAGGAUAUGAUCCCUUCUACGCCAUUGGAGAUGAAGACAUCGAGAUGCUCUAUCCAGACUUGCCCCCUGCGCAAAGUGAGAAGGCUAAUGCUGUGAACAUCGAAGGAGCUGAAGAGCAGGUGACUAAAGAGGCGAUAGCUGAGGAGGAUGGAGCAGAGGAGGAUGCAGCCGAUGAGGUGGUGGCAGACGUCAUAGAUCAGGCAUGUGGAGCUGCUGAAAGCGUGGCUGUUCAGGCGGACGCUGAAGAGGUUGUAGAUCAGGGAUCUCCUGCUGGCGCUUCGGAGUAG